CUGGGGCGGGCCUAAGGUGGAAGCCAGCAGCGGCUAUUAAGAGUCUAGACCAAUGAACCCUCGGCCCCACUUCUCUCGGCCAAUAAGAAGUGGGCUACGAGGCAGUGGCAGUGAGUGUGGCUAUAUGGGCAGCCGCCCGAGCCAAUCACCCCUGGGCCUCGUUUCCGUCCGCCAACCAGCCGCGAGAGCGGGUCUGUGGGCGGGAGGCCACCGCCGCUGUCAGGCGAAAAGUCCGACGAGGGACGCGCGGCCGGACCCCGGCAGGAAACGCGGCGCCCGGCCGGGCCCUGGAGAUGGUCCCCGGCGCCGCGGGCUGGUGUUGUCUCGUGCUGUGGCUCCCCGCGUGCCUCGCGGCCCACGGCUUACGUGUCCAUGACUAUUUGUACUUCCAAGUGCUGAGCCCUGGGGACAUCCGAUACAUCUUCACAGCCACGCCUGCCAAGGACUUUGGUGGUAUCUUUCACACAAGGUAUGAGCAGAUUCACCUUGUUCCUGCCGAACCUCCAGAGGCCUGUGGGGAACUCAACAACGGUUUCUUCAUCCAGGAUCAGAUCGCUUUGGUGGAGAGGGGGGGCUGCUCCUUCCUCUCCAAGACCCGGGUGGUGCAGGAGCACGGUGGACGGGCAGUGAUAAUCUCGGACAACGCAGUGGACAAUGACAGCUUCUACGUGGAGAUGAUCCAGGACAGCACCCAGCGUACGGCUGACAUCCCGGCCCUCUUCCUGCUUGGCCGAGAUGGCUACAUGAUCCGCCGCUCCCUGGAACAGCAUGGGUUGCCAUGGGCCAUCAUUUCCAUCCCAGUCAAUGUCACCAGCAUACCCACCUUUGAGCUGCUACAGCCACCCUGGACCUUCUGGUAGAAGACUUGCUCCCACACUUCAGCCCUGAGACUGUGGGCUAGAAAAGGGAAACUGGAAUUCUGCUAUUUGCAAUUUUGGAAGACCAUGUGGGGAUAGUGGAACUGACUUGAAGAAAAUGGCCUUGGCCAGGCUAAGGGAAGCCAAACCACUGGCAUUCCCUUUCCACAGGGCCAAAGAGGCCUCAUGCUACAAGAAGUGGCAAGAUCCAGGACCCUAGGCUUCUGGCUGGAAUCUGGACCAAAUGGAGUUAAUGGCUGGCAGCCUGAGAGCCAUCUAUGUGACCUGUCACAUGCCACCUGGUUCUAACCCCUCCCCUAGCCCAGGAUCUUCUCACGGAUAACCUUCAUAGCAGUUGCUGGAGUGGUUUAAGGAACUGGUUUGGAGGCUCAAUAAACCCUCACUGACUUUUUAG